AUGUCUGCUUACUGGACACCGCCGCUGAUGUUCUCCCACGCGAACGGUAGCAUCGAGAUCGUCCCGCAAGUCGGCGGGAUGGUGGUCUACUACUUUCUCUUCGGAGAGAAGAUUACGGCUUUUCCCCCGGGCUUCGCGAUGGUUGCCGGCGACGCAAACAGGCGGAAUGUGUCUGUGCGCACUCCAAACAUCCCGCAGUCGCUGUGGGGCCCGGACGACAAGACGCCGGAAGCGCUCGCAGAAAAGGCUACUGGGUUCACUUGCCUGAACUACCGCGGCCAUUCCGAAGGCGCCCUCACGCGUCACAUGCUUCCGAGCAAGACGUUCAUCGAUGCAAACUGCGCGAACGGCCUUCGCCUCGAGCUGAUGUUUCCGUCGUGCUGGGACGGUGUUGCUCCUAGCGCUGCUGACCACAAGUCUCACGUAGCCUAUCCAGACCUAGUCAUGGAGGGCGCGUGUCCCGAACACUACGACGCUCGCAUUCCGGGCCUGUUCUACGAGACCAUCUGGAACACCGCCGUCUUCAGAAAUGUUUCUGGGCACUUUCUGCUCAGCAACGGCGAUCGGACAGGUAAGAGCGCCCGCUUCCUGAGAGCCUUGCCUCACGCAGUUUCAGGCUCGAGCUACCACGGAGACUUUCAGAAUGGGUGGAAGGUAGACAUACUACAGCAAGCGAUCGGCAGCUGCACAAACUCAUCGGGGCUGGUCGAAGACUGCUCUGUCUUUUCGCUGCAGUCUCCGGAUCAAGCAGCCCAAUGCAUUCUGCCACCACCAGCAGCGAUUGCCAACGAGAGCUGUCUUGGGCCUCAGCCGGGUCUCUGUGGUAAUAUUACUUUGUAG